AUAUAAUUGAUUUGGUAAAGCAAAUGAACUCUGAAUACACUAAUAUUGAAGAUUGCAUUAGAGAAAAUGAAGAAAUUCUAGAAGGGUUGUUCUCUUUCGAUGAAUUGCAAUAUUGAAGAUUUAUGUGGGAUCAAGCGAAAGAAUCAAAAUUUCAGCCCAGAGCAACAAGGACGAAACUCCCUACAAAAAUAAGUUGCUAUAUCUCCAAAGUGGAUGACCAGGACUGUGCAAUGAAUUCGCUCAUAAUUACAGAUUUCAUGACCUACAACUCGCCGGUGCUAGGUCACCUAGUGAUCGACUAUGAGAUCAUAAUCCAGCCAGAUUUUAACCUGACUAAAGAAAUCAUAGUCAGAAUUCAGGCUGACGCCCAGAAUAACUAUCAACUUCUCCACCAACCUAUUUUGAAGUGCAUUCAGUCUACUAAUAUUAUUCCUAUUAAAUCACUGGUAAAAGAACUUAAAUAAUGCAAGCACAUUGAUUGAAGAUGACUACCAGCUGAUCACAGCUAAAAUUGAAGCCGUAAUAGACCACAAUAAAAAUCAUCCAGAUUAUCUUGAAAAGGUUGAUACCUACAAAUCCAAGCUCAGAGAAAUCGUGCAAGAAGCAUACGACAAAAACAGGGCCAAAAACGAGAAGUAUAAGAAGAUUAUUGAAGACGCCAAUGCCAAGCUGGACCAGCAGUUCGAGUCACUUGAUAAAGAGUUGUCCCAGUUUAUGGAGGAAGAUCCAGAGAUUUAUAAGGAACUCCAUAAUCAGACUAUGAAGGUGACCCAAGCUAUGUCUGAUGUCAUUAUGAAGGAGACGGAAGGGUUUGAUUGGGAUUUCACGCAGAGUUCAGGAGAGAGUGGGUCUGAGGUUGGUGGAGUGGUACAGCCGUUUAAUGAGAAGACAGUCAAGGCUUUUGAGCUUUUUUGUAACAAUGUUGGAAAUUCCAUAUUUGCAGAGGUUAAUCAAUAUUUCAAAUAA